AGAGCGAGAGCGAGAGAGGCCGAGCGAGCAAUAGCCACAGAGACGACAGGGAAAGAGAGAGAGAGCGAGAGAGAGAGAGGGGAGCGGAGUUAAUGGAGAGGGCUACAACUGCGCACAAACAGAGAUUUGAUCAGUGAGUUAAACUUACUGGUGCCGGUCAGUGUGCAGUGAAGCCACCGCAGCGAACAAGCCCUGCGCCCGCACGAGCCUCCACUACUUGUUGAGCUGGGCUGAAACACUCACGUUUGUUUCUGAGAAGACUGGAUUCCGUUUUGGACGUAUUUAUAUGACAACACCUUUGUUGCAUUUGUAAUGUGGGGUGAUCGGAAGCAAGCGUGGAACCUGUGGAUUUAACAAACAAAAAAAACGGAUUUUGGACAGAUUGUUUCCUAUCUUGUGACUUGUACCGGUUUGCUUCAUCGUGCAUGAACAUUUAUUAAAGAGAAAAAAAAGGCAAAGCUAUGGAAGUAAGUGCGGAUCAGCCUCGGUGGAUGAGCCAUCAUCCCGCCGUGUUGAACGAGCAGCAUCCCGGCUCACAUCACCUCGGCCACUCAUACAUGGACCCUUCGCAGUAUCAGCUCGCUGACGAUGUGGAUGUACUCUUUAAUAUCGAUGCACAGGGGAACCACGUCUCUCCGUACUAUGGAAACUCUGUCCGAGCCGUCCAGAGGUACCCUCCUCCUCCACACAGUAGCCAGGUGUGCCGUCCCUCAUUACUGCACGGCUCUCUGCCCUGGCUGGAGGGGAGCAAAGGCAUCGCCCCGCACCACAGCACUUCUCCCUGGAACCUGAGCCCCUUCCCCAAGAACCCCCUGCACCACGGCUCCCCGGCCAGCCUGUCCGUCUACCCCCCGGCCUCCUCCUCCUCCCUGCCCACCGGUCACUCCAGUCCGCACCUCUUCACGUUUCCCCCGACCCCACCGAAAGACGUAUCCCCAGACCCGGGCAUAUCCACCCCGGGCAGCAGCUCCGGGCGGCAGGAGGAUAAAGAGUGCAUAAAGUACCAAGUGACCCUGGCCGAGAGUAUGAAACUGGAGUCAGCUCACAGCCGGAGCGUGGCAUCAAUCGGAGCAGGGUCAUCCUCUGCCCACCACCCCAUCGCCACAUACCCAUCCUAUGUCCCUGAAUACGGCCCAGGCCUCUUCCCACCAAGUAGCCUGAUAGGUGGGUCAUCUUCUAGUUAUGGUUCCAAAACAAGACCAAAAUCAAGGUCCUGUUCAGAAGGUAGAGAGUGUGUGAACUGCGGAGCCACGUCAACUCCGCUGUGGAGGCGGGACGGUACGGGUCACUAUCUGUGUAACGCCUGCGGACUCUAUCACAAGAUGAACGGGCAGAAUCGCCCUCUCAUCAAACCCAAGCGGCGGCUGUCCGCAGCCAGACGGGCAGGGACGUCAUGCGCAAACUGCCAGACGACAACGACGACGCUGUGGCGGAGAAACGCCAACGGGGACCCGGUGUGUAACGCCUGCGGCCUGUACUAUAAACUGCACAAUAUCAACCGACCUCUCACCAUGAAGAAGGAAGGCAUCCAGACCAGGAACAGGAAGAUGUCCAGCAAGUCCAAGAAGAGCAAAAAGUCCCAGGACGGUAUGGACGACUUCUCCAAGAGCCUGAUGGACAAGAGCAGCUCCUUCAGCCCGGCCGCCCUGUCCCGCCACAUGUCGUCCUUCCCUCCCUUCUCACACUCCGGCCACAUGCUGACCACCCCCACACCCAUGCACCCAUCAUUUGCCCCCCACCACCCUUCCAGUAUGGUCACAGCCAUGGGUUAGACCUCCCUGUGCUGCACAAGCCCCUUAACCCUCAGCCUCGCCACCUCCAUAUCCCUCGGUACCUCUGCUGGCCUGCUUCCAUAUCCUAAAAAGACAACUAACUGAUCCUCGGCCCGACCCCAGCCCCCAACCUCCCUUCCCCACUCCCCCCCACCCCCGUCCCACUGCCGAGCUGCGGUGCGAGAACGACAUGGUUCGGCUACCUUUGUCCUCAGUUGUAUCUUAUUUUUAUAACAUCCAAAUGUACCUGAAUGCUUUACAGACUUGACUGGACUGUGGCGCACUGACCUCAAAGGGUGGGGGAGGGGGGGAGAUUUUGUUUUCCUCAAACCAGGGAGAGACAUUUUCUCCCCAAGCCGCCGCCACCACAUAGAGGCUGUCCUCCCAGCUGAUCCACAUGAUAAGGAGCUCCAUUUGUGUACAAAAAGCCAUUUUUCCACCACACACCAACAUCACAAAAACAGACAUGAAAAAAACCUUUCCAACGACCUCUUCCGAAAUUUCCAACCCGCCUCUCUUCACCUUGCACCUGUGUAACAGGAACCCCCGCUCCUCUUUCCCCCUACUUUUUCUUCUUCUUCUUCUUGCCGGAGUUGAGGAGAGACAGACGUUGAAUAUAUUUGUACAAAUUGUAUGAAAUACAGUACAUUUAAUGAAGACUUUUUAAUUAAGUAAGAAUUAAAAAAAGGAAACAUGCCCCGGGGCAGCUAACGACGAGA